AUGGCAGACGCUAUCUUCGAACGAGUAACGGCGAGCAAUAUGUUCGACCUCCGCGGCGUUGUGGCGGUGGUUACCGGAGGAGGCACGGGUAUUGGUUUAAUGAUCAGUACAACUCUGUUGGCAAACGGCGCUGCCGUGUAUAUAAUCGGCCCUAGGCAGACAGAGUUGGACAGGAUCGCGAAUGUGUACAACGACGUGGCCGAGAAAGCAAACAAGCCUGGACGAAUGUAUGGCAUUGAAGGUGAUAUCAGGUACAAGACAGAAGCCUCUCGACUCGCAGAGGAAGUUGGCAAGCGAGAAAAGCACGUUACGGUUCUGUUCAACAACGCAGGUAUCCUGAAAGGGAAAUUCGCUGCGCCAAAAGCUGACACCGCGGAGGCAUUCCGCGCCGCAUUCUUCGACCCCAUCAGCGAAGAAGACUUUGAUGUUUCGCUCAAAACGAAUGCAGUCGGCCCGUACUGGCUAACCUUCGCGUUUCUGCCGCUGCUUGAGAAAUGGAAAGAGUACGAGGGUGGUGCGAGGAAGUUCGCGCCACAGGUCAUCAUGACGUCCAGCAUGAAUGGCUGGACGAAGGCAAGUGCUCGCGGCCCCGCUCGUCAUACCGCAUCUUGA